AUGGAUUCUUCAGUAGUGUUGUCUCUUGUGUUAACAUUUUCUUUCGGUCUAGAAGCAGUGAAUUGUUUCAUGUUUCGCUCGAUAUCCAGUCAUGCAUUUAAGGGUCUCAUUUCGCAAACGCUGUUCGACUUAGAUUGGCUGAGUUGUUUAGAAGCUUGUAGCCGAAGUGAGACAUGCGUGUCUUAUAACUACAACUCGCUGACAGAUACGGAAGGAAGAGGAAGUGUAUGUGAAUUGAUCAGCGGAGGAAAAUAUCUUGGCGAGUGUGAUACGAGUCAUCUUGUGUACCAAACUGGUUAUGUGUUUCACAGAAUAAAACUCAGCAGUAAGGUAUGUCAAAGAGUGCCCUGUUUUGCUAUAAAUUUUUUGCUAUAAGGGAUUUUAUUUUACAAUUAACAAGAGCGCAACAGUACAAUUGAGUUUCCUUCUCUGGUGGGCGAUUGAAAUCACCAAUCACCUUUCGGUGCUGUGACCAUGUAAACUAUUCCUACCCGCCUCUAAGAUGAAGGAAUACAUAAAAUGAAUGAUCAAAAACGAACUUUGUCUUAUUGAGGUAAACUGUGUAGCUGAAAUGUCAAACUAAAUAACUGACCGCUGAAUGACUGAAUUCGACAGAAGAGACGGUAAAAGUCUCACAUCCUUCACGUUUUUCUCCCUUUUUCAGGAAGCAAACGGAAUAGUGCCAUACAAAAGUGCGGUGCAAGAUAAAGGUAGCACUGAAAUAUUUUCGAUUUCAUGUUUAUUUACCUUCUUUUACCCGCAAUCGAUGUUAUAACGCCACACCACCUCGAGCGAAAUUAAAAUUUUUAUGUUGGUAAAAAUAACAUCACUUUUAUUUGAAUUACCUUGAAACUCUCCCACCAGCUGAGCUGAUGUAUUACUAUUUCUUUCAUACUAUUAUUACUUUUUUUACUGUUUUCCGUUUUGUUAUGUAUUUUCAGUAGUGUAGCUCCUUCCAAAUCAUCAUAAAUCAUCCUCCAACUCAUUUCACAAGUCGCCAUAGCUUGUGCAGUUUUUAUCGUGUGUGUUCUUUUUCUUGCUGUGAUGAUUCAUUUUUCCUUGAUAGGCUUUACAGACUGCCACGAGUUGUUGCAAGCGGGAACAACACAAAGUGGAGUCUAUACAAUCAACCCUGAUGGAAAAAACGAGUUUGAAGUCUUCUGCGAUCAACAGACAAACGGUGGUGGGUGGGUUGUCUUCCAAAAGCGGUUCCUUGGCUUGGUUGACUUCUUCCGCGACUGGGCGAGUUACAGAGUUGGAUUUGGUAACUUGACAGGCGAGUUUUGGCUCGGUCUUGACAAAAUACACCGACUGACGUCCCUGAAACGGACUAUCUUGCUCGUAAAUCUGGGUGAUUUUAAUGGAGCCUCAGCGCACGCCAUGUACGACAGAUUUCAAGUGUCAAGCGAAGAAAACUUAUUCGAGCUUCACGACCUUGGAAAGUAUUCAGGUAUAUAAUUAAAUGACGCUAGCUGAUAUCAGGAGCGGGGUAAAUUUAGCUUUAAGAUAUGUGCCGUAGAUUUUGAAAAAGUACACGAUGUAUGCCACUGCAACAAACUACAUUGUAUACCUCCAAGGGAUUCAACUAAGAAUAAAGAGGGGAUUCUUUCUCCUCUCAAAAUAAAAAUUAACAAUUAUUAUUCAAGACGGGAGAAAAUUACUCUUUUAAGAGCUUUGCAAUUUCCUCCAUGCUUGUUUAUUCUUUGGCGGAAGGAGAUGAAUGACCCUUAGCCAGCAGAGGGGCAUUUUGUUGCGCAUGCGCCAAGAAAAUUUGUUCGGCGCGUUCGGCGCCAUUUUGAUAUUUUCAGCGCGCUUUUGCGGGUUUUCAACUGAGCGAUCGACACCUUUCUGUGAUAUUUUUUGGAAUGGAAGAGUAUGACAAGUUUACUACCAUUUCUAACUCUGUGGAUACUUGUGGAGUUUGCUGGCUCUUCGGAUGAGGAUAUUUUAAUGAUCAAAGUUCGAAAACUUGAAGUUUGAGAUUUGAUUUGGCUGACGAUCAAGAUGUGCACAUGAGACACUGGCAAACCUUGAAUAAAUCACGAAGUGAUGUGUGAGGCGAUCGUGAGAUAUUCGUUACGAUAAUAGAAGGUAGUUUACAAUUGGAUCUUAUUUUACUUCAACUUUGAAAUAAAAUUACGUUAAGUUCGAGGUGGCCCCAAGCUUCAAAUCACUUCAAAUAACAUCUUAUCUUCUUUCUCUUUGUUGUCCCAUUGGACACAAGGCUUAAAAAAAAUGUUCCAGCUUCAGGAUUGAGUUGCUCUUUCUAUAACCUUCGGCGAAUUCGUUUUUGGGAGGUUGAGGUGGAUUUUCAAAGUCAUGGCUCACAACUGUCUUUGGCCAUUUUGCUCUCCAAGUCUGUUGUACUUGGUACGUAGGCAUGCGUCUUAACAACGUUUAUAGUCUUGCCUCGAUCAUCUGCGGUUUUAUCUAAUUUUUUUUGCUGUGUUUUGGUGAGAAUUUUUCUGAUUGCCCUUUUGGGCUUGAAGAACUUCGGUAGAACUUGUUUUAUCACAUGGCCCCCAAAUCUCUCACCACUGUCAGUUCAUUGUUUAUUUAUUUAGCCUUCGGUCUAACCAGUUCAUUUACCUCAAAAAAUCCGUGGGCUUUGUCUCAUGAGUUUAAACUGGUGCCGUUUUCUUCAUGUUCAUGUGUUAUUCGAAACGGAUGGCGUCAGCUUCAUUCUGUCUUGUUUAUUUCAGUAGAAUACUUCUGCCAUACGAAAUGAAUUUUGAGUCGAAGUGUACUAUAAAACUCGCAGAUUAAAAUUAUCUAACUUUCUCUGGUUCUUAAAACAUGAGGUGAGCGAUACAAUAAAUGAAUAAUUACUCAAGGGGCUGGAACUCUCUUUCUUUAGAAUGUGAACUACAGUAUUUCUGUCAUAUUUGAAAACGAAUUUCGGGUUAAAAUGUCUUCAAACCAGUUUGACUUGUAUUUCUCUUUGCCAGAUAAGUCUUGAUCCUUCAAUUUUUAUUUCUUAAUUGAGACUGAUGAUUGGAAUUAACUAUUGUGUUCUCUGCUGUUUAGGGAGAUGUGAAGCGACCCCACUACAUAUGGUCAGUACUAUUGACAGAAAGGAUAGGUGUGACAUUUGCUGUGGCAAGCUGGCAUUCAAGAGAAUGUCAUUAGUACCAGAAGCUUACUACUGGUAUAAAUUAUCAAUCUUUUGUUCUCUCCACACAACUUGCCUCAACUAGCUUAUGCUAUAUGCAACUUGUGUCUAUACCUUUUUUUGCAACUAUAAGUCUUAUUCCUGAAAAGAAAAGGCUUUUUUUUUUUUUACCCUCACUGUUAAAUAUCAGCCUUACUGGUUCUUUGUUGUUUAGCAUGUGUAAGAGUCUUUUCAGACCAUCAAAUUGUCACACAACUCUUGUUAUUUAAUAGGUUGGAGAAUAAGGUUGCAAAGAGUGUAUAUGAUUUUUUUGUGCAGUUGAAAUGAUAAAUGAUAGUGAUUUUCACUGGGUAAUAAUUGAUUUAACUAUUCAUCUUACAACUGGAAGCCCAAAGUAGUACUUGUUUUCUUUCACAAUUUCCCCACAUCAUCGAUCAUAUCUGAUGAUAUUUCCGAGACUAAUGAUUGAAAAGACUUUAUCUUACUCUGAUAAAAUCCAUAAUUAUUCCUCCAUUUCUAACCAGAUGGAGCUACCAUAUCUCUAGCAUUAGCAUUGUCUUACUUUUCUUUACUCGACAUUGACCUUUUUAUUUUGGUAAUCGGCCCUGCCGGUUGAUUCAUGUCAAAAAAAAACUUUUGUGUCAAACAUAAACCUUGAAACAAUAUCGUCUUUGCAGGAAACUCUAAAAAACGCUUACAGAAAGGCGAGUCCUUCGACAGGCCACUUGCAUCCUUCAAAAAUAACAUCAUCUUCAUCGAUCGCCCAGACAAUCACGAGACAAGACUCAACAAUCUUUUGCAUUCUGAUGGUUUACCUUACUCCACCAAGGACCACAAUAAUGGUGACUGCCAUGAUGAAGAAUGUGCAAAAAUGUAUCACGGGGCGUGGUGGUAUGGUGCCUCCAUUCGAUCAAAUCUUAACGGCAAAUACUAUAUGACACCGAUUGCACCAGCACACGAUGGUAUCAUCUGGGCACAUUGGAGGGGAUUUAAUACCUCCUUAAAAUGGACAGAAAUGAAAAUGAGACCAUGCCUUGACUGAAUGUCGAUCAGCUAGCCAACUGGCUCUUCUUGCAGGAAACCAUUCUCCUCCUAAAGCACCUUACGGACACAUUUACACUGAGCCGAAUAAAUUAAAAAAGGGAGUCUUUAGUCUCAAAACGCCCUGCAAUUUUUCUUUCCACAAUACAAAACGAAUGAAAUAUUACAAACGAAUGAAAUAUUCACCGUUCAUACUAUGCCGGAUUUAUUGUAUAUUGAAGCACUAUCAGUAGAUAAGCUUGAACAUAUCCCUUAGAAAUGCAUACGAUGAGAGCAAAUAAAACAAGUAAACAACAAAAACAACAAAAAGCAAAAAUAGAUAAACACUAACGACAAAACUGAUAGAAAGAGACAAAAGAUAACAGAAAGAAGUAAACGAUCUAAAACCUAAUACGCACAAUAAAAUAAAGGAAAAAAGAAUACAAAGAGGUAACAUAAGCGGUGGCUAACAGCGUCAUGUUAGUUCCGGGUUGAUGAGGACAGUGAUCGAGUCAAAUCGCAUAAAUGAAGUUCUUUUAUCAAAUUUCUUCAGCGUUGUUUAAACGGAGCCCGAGAAAGUUUUUCGACCCGUUGAGCUCAUGAAGAGACAAAAUGUGGAAUUGUUAACCAGCUCUUGAUAAUUCAGGACAAGUUCCCGUAGAUGAUACAUAAUUGCAAAAUUAGGGUUGAGUGGGAAAUGCAACGUGUGGCAAGAGAUUGUAUGUGGUGUAAGUAAAUCAAUUGAAUUUUCAACUCCGAAUGUUGCAUUUCUAGUGUUCUGGUUAGUUCACUCAACUCCGGUUAUCAGCUCAUAUCCCAAGUCAGCUUAUGUCCUAUCUGAUGGGAGCUGAAAAUAAGACCCAAAUGUCCAAAAGUUUAGGAUCUAAUGAGAUCCAAUAAACCAUGUAUUUCAUUUGCACUUAGGGGAUACGAGAUUGCUUAUUGCCAACUCAUAUCCAACGCCCUCUCGGGAUCAGUCGUCGCUAACAUAGCAUAAAGGGGACUAUAGAGAAUUGAUUGCCAAUUAAGUGUUUAUGAGCGGGGGAAGGAGAAACAUUUGAAUAUUUCAUAGCCUUAUCGGGGGAUCAGGUAAAAUGAACGGUCUUUAAGAUGGAAUGAGGCGAAGGUUGCAUUUCGCGGGUUCUUACACGCCAAUAUCAGCUUUAAGAAUCUUGCAAAGGACUGGAAUCUACAUUAGAACCGCGGUAAUCUGGGAACUUAUUGCGUAAAAAACAUGUCGGAAUGAUCGUGUAUUGAGUAGUUCGAUCAUCCCUUUCAAAAAUGGUGAGUUUUUUUCGUAUUUCCAGAGUUAAAGUCUGUGCUCUCAUGGUUAAUGAACCAUACUCUCUUCUCAGGCGAGAUUUAUUGCCCAAAUCAUCAUUCUCGGGGGUCAAGUUAUCGGACGAGCGUUUGCACAAGCCCUGCGUCAGGAGUUUCAAAGUAAGUGAUGCAAUAAAUCCAUAUUUGCAGUCGUUUAAAACGCACUUUACGGUUUCUCUAUUACUAUCUCUAUUGAAACGUUGGUAUAACUUUAUUGCUGGCCCAUUAAGUACAUGUAGGUAUCAUAGAUAUUGGUUUAACGUGACAUAAUGAAGCAUUUUGAGCGAAGACAUGCUUUCUUGAUAUAAAUGUGCACUUUUACGUCAUUUUAGCAACGUGGGUGUACCCCCCUUGAAAAUAGUCGAUUUUGGGGAUUGGUUUGUUAAAAAGCUUUGCGUCGGAAAUACACUCAAAAUUCCGGCAAAGUGAGGGUAGUUGGCUCUAUCCUCUAAUAUUCAAAAUAUUCUGACUGAGAAUUCUACAUUGAAGAAAGGAAUUGUUAAGAUUGCAAUCGUACUCAUGUUUAACACAUAUUAUUAAAUUUUCAACUCUGAAAACUACAUUUAUAGAGUUCUGAUUGGUUUGCUAAACUUCAGCUAUCAGCUCAUAUUCCUAGUCACCUAAAAUGGAAUGGCAUCACACCAACUGUUGCAGAGAUGAUAAAGGCUCCAAAUAUCCAAAUGUUCAGGAUUCAAUAAAAAUUAAUGACACAAUUAUUCCAUUUUCACUUGUUGGAUAUGAGAUUUGACACAGCUCACUUGGCUUUACACAUCUGCAGCUCACUCGGCACUACACGACUUGUUGGUGGCUUUUUACCAUCUCAUAUCCAAGGCACACUCAUGGAAUUUCAGUUAAAUAAUUUGUUUACUGCUGGUGUACAUGUCAUUAUGGACUAAAAUUGUUCAACACUAACUCAUUCUCAUGAUUUAGUAUUCUUUGUAAAUUGAAAUAGUUAGGAAAGAGGGUAAUCCUACUGUUUGUUUCAGAGACCACACUGUUGUAGUCACGAGACUUGUUUCAUUUACAAGUUUUUAGUCUGGUUGUUGAUCUGUUUGCAUUCAUUUGAUAAGUGUCUGUCAUGAGAGGAAGCUAUAUUCAUUUACUACCUUCUUUUUCAGGUGGAGCUGCAGCUCAGAAAGCAUCAAAGGGUGCCCAAGAAGGUGCUAAAAGAGCAGCCUCAAACAGUGUUAUGGGACUGAGUUUAGAGGUACUGCAACUUUGUCAUUUUAAUUCUCAAGUUAACCUUACACGUCCUAACAUCAGUAACCAUUUUCUCCAUACCUUUCUAGACUUAUGUGUCCUUUAAUUGUGAAAAGGAGAAUUCAUUUAUCAAUGAAAGCUUAUUAGGUUGGCUCUUUGUUUCUUUAUUCUCAUAAUACAAAUGGAUGAUUCAGCAGUAUUACUGAAAAGAGAAAUUCGAUGCUAGUCACUCCUAAGGUUUAAAGGGUGACCUAUUGCUCAUAUGCUGGAUGUGUUCUUGAUUGAAAAGGAUUGUGCAUGGUAUGUUCAAUGAAUACGUCAUAGUGUUCAGGAAAUAAUUAAAAACUUAGUUACAAAGUAUGUGGUACAUUUUCCAGCCAAUCAAAUCACCUCUGUAAGAUGAGAGACCUCUUGAAAAAAUCUUGUUUACAUGUAGUCUAUAAACCCAUCCAAUGAUUUCUUGAAAGUGGUGACCAGCUUUUUACAUACAUGUAUGGUAAGGAGAUGAGGAUUUAAUUUAUAUUUUUGUUGUAUCAAAAAUUUAUUGACAGGAAGCUAAACAGAUCCUCAAUGUUCAAGAUCUGAACUCAGAAUUAAUUACAAAGGUACAGUAUAUUUGCCUCACAUUUCCAAUUUGGAAGACAAAUUUGAGAGAUCUUAUAGCUGAGUGGUUUGCGUGGUUCAUUUGGAUUGUAGAUUUUUAUGUUCUAGCACUGCUUAGGGUAAUAAAGUGUGCUUAUCAUGGGGGGGUUGGGGGUACAUUAUGGUAUUUUACGGAGACUGAACUCAAAAGGUGCUGGUCUCCAUCCAACAAAUACCAUUAAUUUCUUUAGGAUGCACUUCUAUGUCAAAUGCUGCUUUCAAAGAUUACUUUUUGAAACCUGAAAUCCAGAAUUAUUGCAAAUGAUGAAAAUUGAGUCACCUUAAAGGUAGAGAAAAGAUGAAAACAGGGAAAGAACACUUAAAAGCAUAUUACGUUUUUUUUUAAUUGAAGCAGUUUUCAUUGUUUUGAAACAAGGGAUACUUUUUUUCCCUAAAAAUGUACACUCUUAAUUUCAUCAUCUGGGCUGACUGUUUCUGUUUUGUGAAGGUUUUGGUCAUGCUAAAGCAGAAGAAAGUAGACCUAUGUUUUUGUCUCAGGAGUAUAAUACAGUUAAUCUUUGUCUUCGUUCAGACUUUGAUAAAAAACAAUUAAGAUUUUCCAGGUUAACUGCAUAAUUAUCUUUAAACUCAUUGGGUUGAGCAUUGGAGUGCAGAAUCUGUAGGUCUGAGGUUCAAUUCAUCAUGAGGAUUCAACUCUUUUUUAAUUCCAUGCUCGUGACAAGACAUAUAACAUCUUUACUAAUUUUUAACAUGUUUUACAGAAUUAUGAUCAUCUGUUCAAAAUUAAUGAAAAGAAGGCAGGAGGAUCAUUCUACCUACAAUCAAAGGUACAGAUAUUAAGAUUGCACCAAAAUAACUACAACAUUAACAACUAAACCACUCAAACAGGAAAAAAACAAACAAAUAGCCAAAAACCAACCUCCCCCUCCUCAACAUUUGAAAAAUGAAAAUAAAACAUUUACAUGUAAGUAAACAGGGUAAAGUGUGUUUCUGUUUUUGUCUUCACCUCACUGUAGGUAUACAGAGCAAAAGAACGACUAGAUGAGGAGUUGAAAAUACAAGAAAAUGAAAAUGACAAGCAAAAACAGAACAAUAGUGGUGAAUUUGAUACGUGACAGUUGUCUCAUAUGAACAUUAUAGCACAGUGUGGUACUUUUUGCCUUGGAUUCUCCACACAAAAAAAUAGCAAUGUCAAUAUUCUGCUGUCUGCACUUAUACAGUGACAUGCAGUCAAAGUGCAAGUAAUGAAAUAGUUUUUUUUUAGUCACAGGGUUACUUGUACUACACAUACCAUAAAACUAUAUGCCCCUAGCUGUAUGUGAGAGAAAAGAAGUUCUGAAAGGAAUUUAUGGCUAUCUUUUCUCGGUCAUUGAUUAACAUUCAAUGCUUGAUUCUCUUCUUUCUUGGCUUGAAAGGGAAAUUUUGUGUGAUUUUUAGUUAUUUAUCACUGUACAGUACAGCUUUAGUUGUUUAUUUGUAACCACUGAUACUAUUCUAACAGCCAUAGCCUCUUUCAAGGGUGGAAUAUUGUUGGAAACUAUGGAGAAUAAAUGUUGAUUUUGUGACAUUGCUGCUUUGUUAAAGUUCCACCCACAUGUGGAGCACUAAAUAUUUGAUUACUACAUGCUGUAUUGAGGUUGGCUUGUUUGUGUACUUAAAGUUUUUUUUCCUUUGAUCUUAA